GAAUACAAAUACAAUGUCAACAUUCAACCUUGAAGGCUCUUCUGGGCGGCACCAAGUUCGUUGAAUUUCUGUAUGAUUUAGGGGCCCGCUCUCUUCCUUCACAUGUUCUACUUUGAUGCACAUGCUGUUUCCUUCAACGGGCAGUCAAUGAUUGAGCAGAAUAUGCAUUGGUUGAUGCCAUCAUGCUUUCAAAAUCAAGCCACUCAACCAGAUUGUGCUCCAUUCCCCUUCUGCUUUAACUUGCCUGCAAUAAAAUGGCAUAUAAUCGACAUAUCUAGGUGUUACGGUUGCAUAUGUAUGUGGGAUGGGAGUGCAGUAGACUUUGUCUCUGAUAGACAAUUUCAGAGUGAAAUGCUCUGCUUGCGACAACUGUCAUGUUUUGGUAAUUUUCUUUUGUCAUUUUCUCCUUGUGCUCUUUGACCACUAUCCCUAUAAAUAUCCCAUUACUCUCCAAUUAUCACAUAACCCCUAAGAGAAGCAACAAUGGUGAUUCAGUCUAAUUCAAACCCACCUCUCUAUGACCAUCUUGGACAUCUUCUGAGCCUCAGCCACCCACUUGAAACAACAACAUGUAAUGCUGAUGGAGGAGGGGGAGGACUUGAGCAGGAAUGUCAACUUCCAUUGAUAGACCUCAGUGGCCUAAACAGCCCUGAUGAGAAGGAGAAGUUAGCUUGCGCUGCAGCCAUUUGUCGAGCUUCGUCAGAAUGGGGUUUCUUUCAAGUGAUAAACCAUGGCAUAAGCCCUGAAUUGCUAAAGAAGAUGACGAAAGAACAGCAGUUGCUGUUUGAAACAUCUUUUGAAACCAAAACAACUUGUGGUCUUCUUGAUAAUUCCUACAGGUGGGGGAAUCCAACAGCUAUUACUCCAAAACAAUUCUCAUGGUGUGAAGCUUUUCACAUCCCUCUCACUAAAAUUUCUGAAGAAUCCUGCUAUGGAGACUUCACCUCUCUAAGGAUAGUGAUGACAGAAUAUGCAGCAGCAAUGUCAAAGUUGUCAAGGCUACUUGCAACAAUUCUAACUGAAAAUUUAAGCCAGAAAAGGGGAGAAAUCAAUGAGAUUUGCGACGAAAGCAGUUGCUUUCUAAGGUUGAAUCACUACCCAGCAUGUCCAUUAUCUCCAGAGAUAUUUGGAUUAGUUCCUCAUACAGACAGUGAUUUUCUUACAAUUCUUCACCAAGAUGAAGUUGGUGGACUUCAACUCAUGAAGGAUUCCAGAUGGGUGGCUGUAAAUCCUAUUCAAGAUGCUCUUAUUGUCAACAUUGGUGAUCUUUUCCAGGCAUGGAGCAAUGAUACAUACAAGAGUGUGGAGCACAAGGUGAUGGCAAAUGGAAUGAUGGAAAGAUACUCAAUUGCUUACUUCUUAUGCCCUUCUUAUGAUACCUUAAUUGGAAGCUGCAGAGAGCCUUCUGUUUAUAGAAAGUUUACUUUUGGAGAGUUCAGGAAACAAGUUCAAGAAGACGUAAAGAAAACUGGGCACAAAGUAGGCCUUCCAAGAUUUUUGCAGACAGAAUAAUAAAGAAGAAGAAGAACAGUUUUGGACGUUCAACCUCAAACAAAAUUCAAGACCAAGACCAUGCCGCUUUGUAAUUAUCAAUACACCAAAACAGCUGAGAAAAAUACACAUAAAAAACCACACAACUCUUAUUGUAUGUAUGCCAUAUUUGUUCUUCUCUGUCCAGUUAAGUAUAUGAAUGAAUAUUUAAGAGAGAAAAGUAAUAAUGAUAAUGUCAUAGAUUCUGCUCU